AUUAAAUCAUUCCCACAGAUGAAAUGUGAAGAGGUGAAAGCAGAUGAUAAUACUUCCACCAUAAAGCAAUUUGUGCUCUUGGGAUUUUCUGACCUUCCAAACCUCCAACGGUUACUAUUUGGAGUGUUCUCCACCAUUUACAUUAUUAUCUUAAUUGGAAAUAGCCUCGUAAUAACAAUAACCAGGCUUGACAAGGCACUACAGAAACCCAUGUAUUUUUUCCUGGCGCAUCUUUCCUCGUUGGAAAUCUGUUACGUGUCCGUCACUCUCCCUAGGAUUCUGGUGAACCUUUGGACUCAGGAUAGAAGCAUUUCUAUGCUGGGCUGUGCCUCCCAGAUGUGCUUCUUCCUCGCGUUGGGAGCCACUGAGUGUUUCCUCCUGACAGUAAUGGCCUAUGACCGCUACGUGGCCAUUUGUAACCCUCUGCACUACUCUCUAGUCAUGAACCAGAAGAUGUGUAUCCAACUGGCUGUUGGCUCCUGGAUCGGUGGAGUCCCAGUCCAGAUAGGACAAACAUGUCAGAUUUUCUCUCUGCAUUUCUGUAAUUCUAACCAAAUCAACCACUUCUUCUGCGACAUACCCCCCAUCCUCCGGCUAGCCUGUGGGGACCUCUUUGUACAUGAGAUAUCGGUCUAUGUAGUAGCUAUGUUGUUUGUCACACUUCCUUUUGUGUUGAUACUUGUCUCUUACAGCAAAAUCAUUUCCACCAUUCUCAAGUUGCCAACCACCAGGGGAUGGGCCAAAGCUUUUUCCACCUGUUCUUCCCACCUGCUGGUCGUGUUUUUAUUCUUUGGAUCCGCUACCAUUACCUACUUAAGGCCCAAGUCCAAUCAUUCUGCAGGAACUGACAGACUGCUCUCUCUUUUCUAUACCACAGUGACACCAAUGUUUAAUCCCCUGAUAUACAGUCUUAGGAACAAGGAUGUGACUGCAGCCCUGAGAAAACUAUUACUUAAAAAAAUGGCGUGA